CCAUUCAAUCACUUCCCUUGCCUUCGCCCACCAAGUAGACCAGACACGCACGCCCAAUCAACACCACCCACCAUGGCCAAAGAUCACUGGUCCUCAGCAGCGUACAACUCCGCCGCCAACUUCGUCCCGCAACUCACGUCCAAAGUCGUCGCCUACCUCGACGUCCAACCCACCGACCACAUCCUCGACCUCGGCUGCGGCGACGGCACCCUAACCUACCAGCUCGCCGCCGCAGCCCCGCAAGGCCGCGUAUUGGGACUCGACAACUCGGCCUCCUUCAUCUCCACCGCGCAGGAAAAGCACACCACCCCGAACAGCACGUACCGGCACGUCGACUGCUCGAAGUUGAGCAGUUGUCCGGACGCAAUCGACGGCUCAUGGGACAAGGUCUUCAGUAAUGCAGCAAUGCAUUGGAUCCUGCGCGACCCCUCCAUCCGCCACCCUUUCUUCGCCGAUGUCCACAAAGCCCUCAAACCCGGCGGCAAAUUCGUCUUCGAGCAAGGCGGCGCAGGCAAUGUGGCCGAAGCGCACGCCGCCGCAAUCUCCGCUUUGAUCCACGCCGGCGUGCCCGUGGCGGAAGCCUACGAGGCAUCACCCUGGUUCUUCCCUAGUCCGGACUGGAUGCGCGGCGCGCUGGAGAAAGCCGGGUUUGAAGUCGAGGUGUGCGAGCUGGAGUAUCGGCCUACGAAGCUGACGGCGGAGAGUGGAGGUUCCGGGGCUGGAUUGGAGGGGUGGGUGCGGUUGAUGUGUGCGCAGUUUCUGGAUGCGGUGGAGGAUGGGAAGAGAGAUGCGGUGGCGAGGGAGAUUUGUACCGUGCUUGAGCCUGUCGUUACGAGGGGCGAGGAUGGGUCGCGGUGGAUGGGGUAUUGUCGGUUGAGGGCUGUUGCGAGGAAGAAGGCGUGAGGAGGAUGU